GUAGCUCGUGGAACAGAGUUUAGGUCAGCGACUGUAUGUCAUGGUAUGCAACUAUUAGAGGAUGAGGUGAAGGUCUCAGUGGAUGAAAUGAUCAUGCCAGAUGCCUCGGUUCCACUGUCCACGGAAGAGAUUUUCACUGUGGAACAAGCAUAUAAGUCGUUUAUCACUUGGCCUAAAUUUUUGGUUAAACCAGUUUCUGACCCCUCGACGCAGGCACAACAGAAGAUUCCUCUAUCUGAGGAUGACCCUCUUUCUUCAUUGCAUCUACUUGCUGACAUCCUUGAUGAUAAGCCUUUGGAGGUUGAGUAUGAUGCUAAUGUAUUUGGGCAUGGCUCUGAGGUCCCAAUAUACCUUAAUAGCCAAGAUGUCCGUGAGCUUGCGUCGGGAACACAAGAGUUGAAUAUUUCAAUUAUUCAACUAUGGACGAUGUAUAAGGCAAAAAAGUAUAUUUUCUUGCCCCUUCCAAAACUCCUUAUCAGACUCAUGUUGAUAUGCUCAAAAUCAUUUGAUUCAUGA